AUGGACCUCAGAGUAGGGAAGAAGUAUAGAAUCACGAAAAAGAUUGGAGGAGGAUCGUUUGGCGAUAUUUUUCAUGGUGUGCACAUUGGCACUGGGGAAGAAGUUGCUAUCAAACUUGAAUCUGUUCGUAGCAAGCAUCCCCAGCUUUUGUACGAGUCAAAGGUGUUGCGUUACCUCAAAGGCGGGGUCGGGCUACCAGAAGUCCUUUGGUAUGGGGUUGAAGGAGACUACAAUGUGAUGGUGAUCGAUCUUCUCGGCCCAUCUCUGGAAGACCUCUUCAAUUUCUGCAACCGCAGAUUUAACCUGAAGACCGUUCUGAUGCUUGCCGACCAGAUGCUGAGUAGAAUAGAGUAUGUGCAUUCCAAAAGCUUUCUGCAUCGAGACAUCAAACCAGACAACUUCCUCAUGGGCGUAGGAAAGAAGCUCCACAUGGUCCAUAUCAUAGAUUUCGGACUGAGCAAGAAAUAUCGCGACCCCAAAACCUUAGAACACAUUGCUUAUCGUACCAACAAGAACUUGACAGGCACAGCAAGGUAUGCAAGCUUGAAUACUCACCUGGGAAUCGAGCAAGGAAGGAGAGAUGAUCUCGAGGCUCUCGGAUACGUGUUCAUGUACUUCCUCCGGGGCAGCCUGCCCUGGCAGGGUCUGAGGGCUCAUAACAAGAAGCAGAAGUAUGACAAGAUCAGCGAAAAGAAGUUGACAGUUCCUAUUGAGCAGUUGUGCGCUGGUUUCCCCGAGGAGUUCUGUACGUACCUCAACUACGUAAGGAAGCUCAAGUUCGACGACAAGCCUGAUUACGCCUACUUGCGCAAACUGUUCCGGGAUGUUUACACCAGAGAAGGCUUUGAGUACGACCACGUCUACGAUUGGACCACCCUCAAGUCUCAGCAGUCAAAGACAGGAUCGAGCACCAAUGUAUAUAAUGAGUUCCUCGCGAAUCAAGUGCAAGGCAACAUGGGCAUGCCUCAAGGGCAGGGUGGAGUCGCAAACAUGCCUGGGGUCAGAGUGCAGGGAGGAGAGCCGCAGAGCUCGCUCCAAGUCUGA